UGCCUUCUCGCCGCUCGUGGCUCAUGGGCGCCCACUCGGCGCUCCGCUGAGGGAGGCGGCGGCCGGCGGCGGGGCUCGGGCUCAGCCCUCGCGCGACCCCGGCGCUGCUCCCACGAGCGAGGCGCGCGUCCCUGCAGCGCUGCCCGGCCUUGGGAGGCGCGUGCGGCGACCCCCGCCGCUCUGGAGCUCGGGGUAGUGGACUCGGCCACCCGGCCGGCUCGGGGCGGCGAUCGCUCGCGCCGAACUUCGUGCCCCGCGAUGUCCGCUCAAGUUCUGGCAUUUUUACGCAACUGGACCCCCCUCCCCCUGGCAGUCCCGGGGGGGGCGGAUCCGGCAGCCGCAGGGGAUGACGCGGGUGCCUCCAGGGCCCCGGCUCCGGGCGGGGAGGGCGAACCCCUCAGCCCGCACCGCGACGCCCGCCUGGGCAGCACCGAUAAGGAGCUGAAGGCAGGAGCCGCCGCCGCGGGCAGCUCCCCGACAGCGCUGGGGACGCCCUGGCAGCGGGAGCCGCGGGUCGAGGUUAUGGAUCCAGCGGGCGGCGCCAGGAGCCAGCUGCCCCGGCCCUGCCGCGUGCUGGUCCUGCUAAACCCGCGCGGAGGCAAGGGCAAGGCGCUGCAGCUCUUCCGCAGCCACGUGCAGCCCCUGCUGGCUCAGGCCGAGAUCUCCUUCACGCUGAUGCUCACUGAGCGACGGAACCACGCUCGGGAGCUGGUGCGGGUUGAGGAGCUGGGGCGCUGGGAUGCGCUGGUGGUCAUGUCUGGGGACGGGCUGAUGCAUGAGGUGGUGAACGGGCUCAUGGAGCGGCCAGACUGGGAGACCGCCAUCCGGAAGCCCCUGUGUAGCCUUCCAGCUGGCUCUGGCAACGCACUGGCAGCCUCUUUGAACCAUUAUGCCGGCUAUGAGCAGGUGACUAAUGAGGACCUCUUGACCAACUGCACCUUGCUGCUGUGCCGCCGGCUGCUGGCGCCCGUGAACCUGCUGUCACUGCAGACGGCCUCGGGGCUGCGCCUCUUCUCCGUGCUGAGCCUGGCUUGGGGCUUCAUUGCCGACGUGGAUCUGGAGAGUGAGAAGUUCCGGCGUCUCGGGCAGAUGCGCUUCACUCUGGGCACCUUCCUGCGCCUGGCGGCCCUGCGUGUCUACCAGGGCACGCUGGCCUACCUCCCCGCAGAAAGGGUGGCCUCCCAGGUGCCCGCGCCCCCCGCUGGGGAGCAGCAGGACCAGCAGGGGCCUGCGGACGCCCACCUCGUACCCCUGGAGGAGCCGGUGCCCCCGCACUGGACCGUGGUCCCGGAGCAGGACUUCGUGCUGGUGCUGGUGCUGCUGCACUCCCACCUGGGCAGUGAGAUGUUUGCGGCCCCCAUGGGCCGGCGUGCAGCCGGCACCAUGCACCUGUUCUACGUGCGGGCCGGCGUGUCCCGGGCCAUGCUGCUGCGCCUCUUCCUGGCCAUGGAGAAGGGGAGGCACAUGGACUAUGACUGUCCCUACUUGGUGUAUGUGCCUGUGCUUGCCUUCCGCCUGGAGCCCAAGGACGGGAAGGGUGUGUUUGCUGUGGAUGGCGAGCUGAUGGUCAGCGAGGCUGUGCAGGGCCAGGUGCACCCAGACUACGUCUGGAUGGCCGGUGGCUGCAUGGAGCCCCCACCUGGCCCGCAGCCUCAGCAGGGAGCACCUCCAGGAGAGCCCUUAUGACUCCGUGGGCCUUGCCGUGCCUUAGCCUACUUGGUCACCUCGGAGCUCAGGACCCUCCACAACCUCCCCCCGGGCCUGGAGGGCCCGUCCACAGCUCAUGUGGUGGGGAGGAGGACCCCUGAAGACGGUGGGAAGGUGGACGCUGUGCUUUAGAAGGACAGUCUCUGCCUACCAAAGGCCAGAAUAAGGCUCUGGGCCAGGAGCCCAGCUGGUUGGGUGUCCCUGCCUGUGGAAGCCACUCCCAUUUUGUUUCUGGGAGCCCAACCCCAUGAAUCAAAUACAAAUAAAGUGACAUUC